UCCAUCUCGCCGCCAGUUGCGGUUUCAAAAAUUUUGUAAACACACGUGCUCGGCAAGCAGCAAGCGAGGAUGCGAUUUAAAAAUCCCAAAAUGAAAGCGUCCGUGGAUGCUAAAACCGUAGACCCGGUGCCCGGCAAGGAGCAAAAUAGUCUGGAUUUAAUAAAAACCAUCAACGAAACCGAUGAAGUACAGGACUUUUCGGAGGAUUCCGACGUCGAAGUCGAGUAUCAACCAACCAAGCUGAAGAACCAGAAAAAAGGAGAUUUUGACAACAACUUCAAAUUUGUUUCGUCCGUUACGGAGUACAAUCACGACACUUGGGACGAUUUGAUGAAGUUUGUGAAGAAGAAAAAUCGGGGCAAGGUGGACGACAAAAUUGCCAACGUGGUUAAAGGGCGAUCGAAAAAGAAUCAGGAAGCUUUGAACAGCACUGAUGAUCUAGAUCCUAACUCUUACAACAAUGAAGUUGAUCUAUCUGACGACGAGUUACAGCACGAUGUGAUGCGAACGAAGAUAAAGAAAGGAAGGAAACCCGAAAUUGAUAAGGACGAAGGAAAAGUGGACAUCGAAGACGAAGAGCAGGAAGAUUAUUUUGAAGAAGCAGCAAAAAAUGAAGAAAUAUCUUCCUUCUAUCAAAUGAACCUUUCUCGUCCGCUGAUGAAAUCAAUUGGGGUUUUGGGCUACAUUUAUCCCACACCGAUUCAGGCAGCCACCAUACCCAUUGCUUUACUUGGUCGGGAUAUCUGUGGGUGUGCUGCAACAGGUACCGGAAAGACUGCUGCCUAUAUGUUGCCAACACUGGAACGAUUGUUGUACAAACCUGCUGCAUCGCAAGCAGUAACCCGUGUUCUGGUGUUGGUCCCAACGAGAGAACUGGGCGCUCAAGUUUAUCAAGUGACGAAACAGCUUACACAGUUCACAAGCAUCGAUGUGGGUAUCGCUAUCGGUGGUUUAGAUGUGAAGGCACAGGAAGCAGUUCUGCGAACCAAUCCCGAUAUAGUUAUCGCAACGCCCGGUCGUUUGAUCGACCACAUCAAAAACACUCCGAGCUUUUCACUGGACUCAAUUGAGGUUCUUAUCCUGGACGAAGCCGAUCGAAUGUUAGAUGAAUAUUUUGCCGAGCAAAUGAAGGAAAUUAUCCAAAGCUGUAGUAAAACGCGGCAAACGAUGCUCUUUUCGGCCACAAUGACAGAACAGGUGAAAGAUUUGGCUGCCGUUUCACUGACGAAACCUGUCAAGGUGUUUGUCAAUAACAAUCAAACGGUUGCGUUCAACCUGCGCCAGGAAUUUAUUCGUAUUCGAGAAGGACGCGAAGCCGACAGAGAACCGAUCCUGGCGGCAUUGAUUUGCCGAACUUUCCACGACCACUGUAUGGUUUUUGUGCAGACUAAGAAAACAGCCCAUCGGCUUAGGAUUUUGCUCGGAUUGUUGGGAGUAAAAGCCGGUGAAUUACACGGCGAUCUCACCCAAGCGCAGCGUUUGGAAUCUUUGAAACAGUUUAAAGACGAGCUGAUUGAUGUUCUCGUGGCUACCGAUGUUGCUGCUCGAGGUUUGGACAUCAGUGGAGUAAAAACUGUAAUAAAUUUCGUUAUGCCCAUCACCACUGAACAUUACAUCCAUCGGGUUGGUCGAACAGCUCGAGCUGGCAAGGCCGGUGUUUCGGUUUCUUUGGCCGGAGAAUUGGAACGAAAGAUUGUGAAAGACAUAAUUAAAAAUGCGGUCAACCCCGUCAAAAACAGAAUCAUACCCACAGAGAUAAUUGAAAAGUAUCGUAAAAAAGUUCAGGCUCUGGAAGAGGAAAUCGAAAAGGUCCUGCAGGAAGAAAGAGCGGAAAAACUGCUGUUGCAAACGGAAAUGCAACUUAACCGAACCGAGAAAAAGCUAAAGGGUGAAGCAGCUGGACCGAAUCGAGAGUGGUUCCAAAGCCAUCGUCAGCGAAUGGAGGAAAAGGAACGCCUUGCGUUGAAUAAGGGAGAAGAUGGGGAGGCCAAAAAGAAAAAGAAGAAACGAAGGCGUGGGGACGAUAGCGAUGAUGAUUUUGAUCCCAUCAAGUAUCAGCAAGAGAAGAAAGCCAAACAGGUGAAGAAGGCUCCGGAGCCAAAAAAGACACCCAGUCAGAUGGCUAAAGAGCGAGCCUUGCAGGAGAUAACAAAAGUAUCUUUAGUGCAAGCCAAGCUGUCCAAAAUCAAGCAACGUCCUAAUCGAAUCACCGCUACCGGGGAAGAAAAUCAUUCCGAAAAGAGCAAUGCAACCGCCAGCAAGAAGAAGAAACGUUCUUCUCGUUUCGAACGGGAUUUGAUGGAUGUGAGCAAGAAGGGUGUUAAAAGGCUGAGGUACGAUGCCACCAAGAAACAAAAAAUGAACAAGAUUGACAAAGCGAAGGUUGCCGGGAUGAAAGUCAGCUCGGAAAAGUUUAGGAACAAAAAAGGUCUUAACAAACACAAUUCGGGUAAAUCGUUCGGAGGCGCAAGGCAAUCCAAGAAAGGGCGAAAAUAAUUCAUGUUGGUUAUCAGUAAAUAAAUUUUAUGAAUAAAGUAUCUUUCUUUUGAAAAUUAUUAUAUAAGUCAUGAGAGAAACUUAUUUCUCGAACUGGCAAAGCAAAGCAUAUAUGUAAUAAAAAUAUGUUAUUUUUGAAACAUUGUA